AUGGCUGAAUCGCUUUUUCGGCUGCUCUUAAUCCGGCCCCCUGUGAGCCAGGAUCCCAAAGCUCCAAGCAUCAAGCUUGCCCAAAGGUCAGCUUUCCAGCUCAAGCUCGCCACGGCCCUUACCUCUGCCGACCCUCGCGUCGAGUCCGCGAGCGCAGCAACAGCCCUUAUUGAACAGAGCGAGCUGGUGAAGAACUACCGGACGAACCCCCUCGUCAACUCGCUCAAACGACUUGGCUUUCUCCUGGACGAUGCGUCUACUGGGCCCGAUCUUCCGGGGUCGACGGUGCUACAGCUCACCAGGCAGGUGUUUGGUGCUCCAGCUUCGGAUGUCAUUGGUAAACCCGAGUUCGAUGAACUUGUUACCGAUUUGCGAGACGCCAUUGUUGCGGUCAAGUUCGAUCAGGGAAACCAUUCUCUUCCCCUAGAAGAGUAUGUUGACAUCCUCCGUGAUGCAGAGUUGAUUCAGGACGCCGUAAACAACCUAGAGAGCAGCAGCAGUGAAAACGCACGUACGCGGGAUAGAAUUACUGAUGUGCCAGAGUCGACGGCGAGCGAGCAAACCCAUGCGGCACCCGAGUGGCAGCCCAACAAUUUGUACAAGAUUGGCGACCAGGUCACCUACGGCCACGCAAACUACGUCUGCAUCCAGGCCCACACCGCCCUCGUGGGGUGGGAGCCGCCGAGAACCCCGGCGCUGUGGGUCCGAGUAACCUUGGAGGAGCCGGAAGAGCCUGGGACUCCGCCCACCACCACGGACCUCAGCUCUUUCCGGAAGCGGUCGCUCUUACUGCCGACCGAAACGACGCUCAAGUCCAUCCUCGCGAGCCCGGACCCCGAGGAGGGCGGAGGCGAUCGCGACGAAGAGAUUGCCAAGUCCGCCAAGACUCUCAUCGACCGCCACACCAGGACCAAGGCCGCCAUCACCGAACUUACCAGGAUCGAUGCCACGUACAUCAAGAAGAGCGUCAUGGACGAGGCGGAAGAGGUGAAGAUUGACGAGAGCCUGUCCAUCACCAAGUCGAUCGCAGACCAGAUCAAACACGUGACGCAGCUUCGCGCCGUCAACAUCGACCAGUUCAAGGCGGCGGCGGAGAGUCGGGACCACCCCGGGCGGGACAGCGCCGGGCAUGUCGCGGGGACGACUUCGGCCGUGGGUUUGGCGCGGCAGCUCGCUGUGAGCUCGCUGGGAAUGCUCGGUGCUCCUGCGUUCAAGCCCGUCGAAUUCAAGGAUUCGAUCCUGACCUUGAAUGAUGAUACGCCACUGUCGGACACUACCCAAAGAGUUUUGACGUCGUUGGAUGUGAACCCCAGCAUCACUGGCCUCCCAGACGUUGUCAAGACGCUUCGUUCCAGCCUUGUGAGCAUCGAAUCCGAUCUCAAGUCACUCGUACCCAGUUUCGAAGCGACAAACGUGUCCAUCAUCGCAGGAAAGACCAUUGUAUCCAAGACACCCAUCGCCAGCGAGCUUGCCAAGCUGGCAACGGGCAUCGACUUUGGUAAAUUCGCGCCCCGGACCCCGUGGGUCGCCCCGAUCGAUACGCGCAUCCCCCACACCAAGGGCAAGAUCAGCAGCAUGGGCGUCGGCGACCUCAUCAUUGUCAAGCAGCAGCUCAUCGGCUACGAGGGGGCCGAGGUGGCGCACAUUGAAAACGUGCUCAAGGAAGAGACGACUACGGAAACGGCGAGGGACCUGUCGACGACGUCGCGCUUCGAGAUGGCGCAGGAGAGCGAGACGACGAUCAAGGAGCAGUUUGAGCUCAAGGGCGGGCUGCAGGUGACUGGCUACGGGCCGGCGGUUGAGUUUAGCACCAAGGUGGAGGGCGGGUUCUCGAGGUCAAGGGAGUCGGCUACCAAGGCCGCGAGCAAGUUCUCCCAAGAUGUCACGGAAAAGGCAUCAAAGAAGGUCACCGAGCGUAUCUUGAAGAAGCAAACGGUGACUAACUCGUCCGAGGUUGUCGAGGUCAACACCCACGGAAUUGACAACAGCAAAGGUGGACCCAACCGGACGUUUGGUAAACUAAUUCUGGCGAAUAGGUACGAGGCGCAAAUGUUCAACUAUGGUGUUCGUGCAUUAUUCGACUUCAUGAUCCCCGAGCCCGGUGCCUUCACCAUCGAAAACAUGAUCGACUCCGCCGACCAAGCCAUGACCCUGAUGCGGCCCACUCUGUUCCCGCUCAAGCCAUCCGAGGUAAACGAGUUCAACUACGGCUACUGGGUCAACAGGGCCGAGGCGUACCACUCGGCGAGCAUCGUCAUCGACAAGGGCUACGAGGCGCUGCACGCCCGCAUCGGGACCUCGUCGAGCUACUGGAAGGACGAUCGUUUCAUCGACGUCAUCGUCGGCAAUAGCUUCAGCCGGAAGAAGGCCGCCGGCGUCUCGACGGUCAACCUGAACCGGCAGAGGAAUACGAUCCCGUGGGCCGUGCACACGUUCCAUAUCGCUGCCGUCACGGUGACGGUCGAGGUUACCUGCGUGGCUACCGAGGACACGAUCAACGACUGGAAGGCUGAAACGCACGCGAAGCUGGUCCUCGCGUACAAGGCUAGGCUUCAAGAGUAUGAGGAGAAACUGGCGACGCUUCAGCUGCAGGCGGGAAUCACGAUUCAAGGAAGAAACCCGGCUAGCAAUGCCAUCACGGUGAAGCAAGAGCUCAAAAAGAAUUGCAUCUCCAUCAUCACGGGCCAGUAUUUCGAUUCGUUCAACUCGAUCAAGACGGGAGCCUUUGGCCCGUAUAUUGACCUAUACGAAGCCGAAGGGGAGGGCCAAUACGUGAGAUUUUUCGAACAGGCAUUUGAGUGGGAGAACAUGAUGUAUGUCAUGUAUCCGUACUUUUGGGGCCGCAAGGGCAAGUGGGCCGAACGGCUUUCGAUCGAGGACACCGACCCCGAGUUUGAAGAGUUCCUCAAGGCCGGAUUUUGCCGCGUGCAAAUUCCUGCUCGCCCCGGAUUCGAAGCUGCCAUUGACCACUUCCUCCAAUUCGGUGAGCUGUGGAACGGUGGACCUCUACCCCCGAUCUCGAGCCCGCUCUUCCUCCCCAUCGCGGACGAGAUCGCGGAGAGGACCAAGAAGCCCGGCGAUGAGGUGGCCCAAGGUCCUUCUUGGAAAGUUCGAAUUCCCACGACUUUGGUCAAGCUGCGACAGGAUGACAAGCUUCCUAAAUGGACCAAAGUUAACGACGAGUGGGUGGCUGACGAUAGCUGA